AUGGCGACGCUUAGGCUGUGGCUGUUGCCUGGCACCCUUUCCAUCUUUUUGGUCUCCUUGACGACAGCUCAGGAUCAUGACUGGCACUUCAACUCAGCGAAGUGUCGUUAUGCGUUGGGAAUGGAAGAUGGCAGCAUCCCAGACUCUGAUAUCUCAGCGUCCAGCGCUUGGUCUGACUCUACGGAGGCCAAACACGGCAGGUUGAGUACAGGUGAGGGGGAUGGGGCGUGGUGUCCGGCAGGUCCUGUUUUUCCCAGUGGCUCUGAGUACCUGCAGGUGGACCUGCGGACGCUCCACUUCCUCUCGCUGGUCGGCACGCAGGGUCGCCAUGCCGACGGGCACGGGCGGGAGUUUGCGCGGAGUUACAAACUGCGGUAUUCGCGCGACGGACGACAGUGGCUCACCUGGAAGGACAGAUGGAGUCAAGAGGUGGUUUCGGGGAAUGAGAACACGUAUGACGUGGUUCUGAAGGACCUUGGUCCGCCCAUCAUUGCCCGUAUGGUUCGGUUCUACCCGCUGGCGGACCGAGUCAUGAGUGUGUGUCUGAGGGUGGAGCUCUACGGCUGUCUCUGGGAAGACGGUCUGAAAGCGUACACCGCCCCUGUGGGUCACGUCAUGCACCUGUCGGGCUCACCUGUCUACCUCAACGACUCCACCUACGAUGGGAGCAUUGAGGCAGGGGUUCAGUUUGGUGGUCUGGGACAGCUGUGUGAUGGAGUUCUGGGUGGGGAUGACUUCACAGAGACUAAAGAGCUGAGGGUGUGGCCGGGCUAUGACUACAUUGGCUGGAGUCGGGACGCUCUGGGCCAGGCCAGCGUGGAGAUUGAGUUUCACUUCCAGAAAACGCGCACCUUUCACACCAUGCAGGUCCACAGUAAUAACCGACACACUCAGGGGGUGCGUGUGUUUAAUCGGGUGGAGUGUGAUUUUAAGCCCAGUUUGCUGAGGCCGUGGUCCGACCCGCCGUUGGUUCUGCAGGUUCCCCUGUCUGACCUGAAGGACCCGUCGUCUCGGCCCAUCUCUGUCCCGCUGGGCGGGCGACCCGCUCAGAUCCUACGCUGUCGCUACUUCUUCGCCGACCACUGGCUCCUCCUCAGCGAGAUCAGCUUCUUCUCCGAGCCGUUUGUAGAUGAUGAUUCAGAGGCUCCUCCUAGAAACCCCCCCACGACCCCCACCCAGCCGCACACCACCGCCAACAGCUCUCAGCCAGGAACAGAAUUCACUGUAAUGACCCCAAGAGCUGGUCUGCCUGUUGCUAAGGACGACAGCAGUAACACAGCUAUUCUGAUUGGGUGCCUGGUGGGAAUCAUCUUGCUGCUAUUGGCUGUGAUAGCUGUCAUUCUGUGGAGGCAGUACUGGAAGAAACUACUGGGCAAGGCCCAGGGCAGCCUGUCGAGUGAUGAGCUGCGUGUCCAUCUCUCUGUGCCUGCGGACAGUGUGGUUAUUAACAACACACACUCCUACUCCAGCCGUUACCAGCGCAUACACACUUUCAGUGACGACAGAGACAGGGAGAGAGAGAGAGACGGAGCAGGGGGGAGCGGGGGAGAGUACCAAGAGCCCAGCACUGUGCUCCGCCCACGGGAGCAGUGUGACAGCACAGCCUUGCUGUUAAACAACCCAGCCUAUCACCUUUUGCUGUCUGACCUGAGACACACAUCCAGCUCCAAGACAAACUGCCCCAGCGACCAAGAAAAGCCCCAAAACGCCCCCCAGGCGUGUGCUCUAGACGUAGACGAGAAGGCCCUUCCCACUCAAGAGGAGCCGCCCCCUUAUCCUGGGGCCCCGCCCUAUCCCCACCUUAGCUCCGCCUCUCCCCCGCCCCCUCUUCUCCUGCCAGUGGGCGGAGCCAGCGUGCCUCAUUAUGCUGAAGCCGACAUCAUCAGCUUACAGGGAGUCAGCGGCAACAACACGUACGCGGUCCCCGCCCUGUGUGCCACGCCCACUGAUUUGGCCACGCCCCUCCCAGAGCUGCCCAGAGAGUGCCUGGUCUUUAAAGAGAAACUGGGAGAAGGCCAGUUUGGAGAGGUCCAUCUGUGUGAGAUUGAGAAUCCACAGGAUUUACCCAGUUUGGAGUUCCCCUUCAAUGUGAGGAAGGGGCGCCCUCUGCUGGUGGCAGUCAAGAUACUGCGACCAGACGCCUCUAAAAAUGCCAGGAAUGAUUUUCUGAAGGAGGUGAAGAUUCUGUCGCGGUUAAAGGACCCGAACAUAAUCCGUUUGCUGGGUGUGUGUGUGAGCACUGAUCCACUCUGCAUGGUCACAGAGUACAUGGAGAGCGGAGACCUCAACCAGUACCUCUCCAGUCGAGUCUUACUGGACAAGACUGGUCCUGUCCACAACUCGUACACCAUCAGCUAUCCUGCUCUGAUCUCUAUGGCGAGUCAGAUAGCGUCAGGGAUGAAGUUUUUGUCCUCCCUGAAUUUCGUCCAUCGUGAUUUGGCGACACGGAACUGCCUGGUGGGCGGGGAGAGGGGUGAGGUGGGCGGGAACGGAGGCGAGCGUCAGAUUAAAAUCGCUGAUUUUGGGAUGAGCCGUAAUCUGUAUGCUGGAGAUUACUACAGGAUCCAGGGUCGAGCUGUUCUCCCCAUCCGCUGGAUGGCCUGGGAGUGUAUUCUCAUGGGUAAGUUCACCACGGCCAGUGACGUUUGGGCGUUUGGUGUGACUCUGUGGGAGAUGUUGAGUGUGUGUCAGGAACAGCCGUACUCACACAUGACCGAUGAACAGGUGAUCGACAACGCCGGAGAAUUCUUCAGGGACCACGGCAGACAGGUGUAUUUGUGUCGGCCGGCCGUGUGUCCUCAGGGUUUAUAUGAGCUGAUGUUGAGCUGCUGGAACAGAGAGUCUAAGCUCCGCCCCUCUUUCACACACAUCCACACCUUCCUCACCGAGGACGCCAUGAACAUGGUCUAA